AUGACCACUCAACAGCCCUCAAUCAGCACAGGGAAAGGGGGGUUUUUCAGCAUCAAAGCCAUUCGUUUCAACCGAAAGGGACUUGCAGCUGUGUACGACAAGGAGCCCCCUUACAGCACAGGGACAGCACUGGAUAUACUGCGUGGUUGCUGCGCUGCAGAUCAGCUCGUCCACCAGCAUAUUGCGACGACAAGAAAUUCGUCAAAUUCAGCAUCACCUAAACUGCUCCUGUUUCCUUUCUCGCUCCGUUUCCUUGAUCUUCCCUUGUAUCUCUUACCCGUAUCUCUUACCCGCCGUAGCCCCCCGGGAUCAUAA